AUGAAUGGAUUCUGCCGGAAGUCAAAUGGGGAUUUAGGUGAGGGGAAUUAUUUGUCUGUUACAAAUGAGAUUCGUUGGACUUGGACUGUCGGUUCCUAUGAUCAUAGAAAACUGGCCAAGUUUCUACUAGGCGGUCGAGACUCGAUCGCUCGAUAUGCAGACGGAGUCGACAAAUUGUUGAUUCUGUUGGGAACUAUUGGUAGCAUAGGAGAUGGAAUGAUGACGCCUCUCACCAUGGUAGUUCUCAGUAGUAUAAUUAACGAAUAUGGACCUUCUGAUAAUGCUUUCUCCAAUAGUAUCGUCGACAAGUACUCCAUCAGGCUACUAUAUGUUGCUGUCGGGGUUGGAGGUGCAGCUUUCAUGGAAGGAGUUUGUUGGGCAACAACUGCAGAAAGACAGACAAGACUUAUGAGAAAAGACUAUCUCAAAUCUGUUCUAAGGCAAGACGUCGGUUAUUUUGAUACCCAAACAGGGACUUCUGCGACGUACCAAGUUGUCUCCACCAUAUCGUCAGAUGUCAAUUCUAUCCAAGAUGUUCUUAGUGAGAAGAUACCCAACUUCCUUGCCCACUUAACAAGCUUCGCUGCCUGCCUGAUUCUUGCGUUUGUACUGUCAUGGAGGCUGGCACUGGCUUCCUUACCAUUCACACUCAUGUUUAUUAUCCCUGGUAUUGUAUUUGGUUCACUCUUGAUGAAGCGCGGAGCAAAGAUGAAGAGUGCUUAUGGAGUUGCAGGCGGAAUUGCAGAGCAAGCGGUCUCAUCAAUUCGAACCGUGUUUUCGUACGUUGCAGAGCUUGAAACACUAGAAAGGUUCAGCCAUGAACUACAGGAAAGCAUGGAACUUGGAAUAAAGCAAGGCUUUACCAAGGGAUUAAUGAUCGGCAGUAUGGGCAUGAUAUUCGCAACUUGGGCUUUCCUCUCCUGGGUGGGAAGCGUUCUGGUAAUCACAAGGGGCGAUAAUGGUGGCCCUAUCUUUAUCGCCGGAAUAUGCAUUAUUCUUGGAGGAUUGUCUAUUAUGUUUGCGUUGCCAAAUAUUACAUUCUUCGCAACCGCAAUGGCUGCUGCUUCUCGAAUAUUUGAGAUGAUUAAUCAUGUUCCUAAUAUAGACUCCGAAAGUGGCAAGAAAUUAACAAGUGUCAGAGGAGAAUUAAUAUUCAAGGACGUAAGUUUCAGCUACCCUUCGAGGCCUGACACGCAUAUAUUACAAGGGUUCAAUCUUAACGUUCCGGCUGGUAGGUCAGUAGGACUCGUUGGAAGCAGCGGUUCUGGAAAAUCAACAAUUAUCUCAUUGCUUCAGAGAUUCUACGACCCACUCAGAGGAGACAUUCUCUUGGAUGGGAACAGAAUUAAGAAACUCCAUCUGAAAUGGCUGAGAUCCCAGAUGGGUCUGGUAAAUCAAGAGCCAGUUCUGUUCGCGACUUCGAUAAGAGAGAAUAUUUUAUUUGGAAAAGAAGGAGCUCCAAUGGAGCUUGUCAUUGAUGCUGCAAAGGAUGCUAACGCACAUGACUUCAUUUGUAACUUACCAGAUGGAUACGAUACUCAAGUUGGCCAAUUAGGACUUCAGUUAUCUGGUGGUCAGAAACAAAGAAUUGCCAUUGCCAGAGCUUUGAUCAGAGAUCCAAAAAUAUUGUUGUUGGAUGAGGCUACUAGUGCACUAGAUUCCGAAUCAGAAAGAACCGUACAAGACGCGCUGGAUAAAGCUUCAACAGGGAGAACAACCAUCAUAAUUGCUCAUCGACUCUCAACAAUACGUAGAUCCGACUUGAUACUGGUUCUUCAGUCUGGGAAAGUAAUUGAAUCAGGCAGUCAUGAAGAACUAACUCAAAUGAACAACAGACAAGGUGGAGGAACAUACUCAAAGAUGGUGGAGUUGCAGCACAAGGCACUGCAAAAUGAUUCUUUGAAUCCAAAUAUACAAACAGGUCAAAGUAAGCACCAAACGAAGCUAACAAGUUUCCCGAGCCCAUCUCCGUAUUUCACACCAGCAUUCUCUCCCAGUCCAGCCUAUUCGUUCAUCCAAAGUACUUACAGUGAUGAUCCAUAUGAGAAACAUGGAAACCUGGUCUCUUCUUAUCCUUCAGCACCUUCUCAGUGGCGUUUGUUGAUGAUGAAUGCACCCGAGUGGAAGAGAGCCGUGCUUGGGUGUUUGGGAGCUAUUGGCUUCGGAGUAGUUCAGACAACGCAUGCCUUCUCUUUGGGAUCAGUUGUAUCAGUUUACUACCUGACAGACGAAAAUCUUAUACGAUCAAAGACCAACCUCUACUGCUUCAUCUUCUUAGGCUUAACAGUUCUCAGCUUCGUCACAAAUCUUCUGCAACAUUACAACUUUGCUGUCAUGGGAGAGAGAUUAACCAAACGGGUACGUGAGAAAAUGCUUGAGAAGGUGCUGACGUUUGAGAUUGGAUGGUUUGAUCAAGAUGAGAAUACUAGUGCAGCAAUCUGUGCGAGGUUAGCAACAGAAGCAAACAUGGUUCGGUCCCUUGUAGGAGAUCGGGUAGCAUUGCUACUUCAGGUCUUUACUGGAGCUUCGCUUGCUUGUGUGUUAGCUUUGGUUGUCGCGUGGAGGUUAGCCGUUGUGAUGAUAGCUAUGCAACCUUUUCUCAUUUGCUGUUUCUAUUCCAGGAGCGUGUUGAUGAAGCGAAUGUCAGAAAAAGCCCGAAUAGCACAGAAUGAAGGGAGUCAAUUAGCGAGUGAAGCGGUUGUAAAUCACAGAACUAUUACUGCCUUUUCAUCUCAAAACAGGAUAUUGAGUCUCUUUGAAACUACCCAGAGAAGUCCUCACAAGGAGAGUGUCAAACAGUCAUGGUUUGCAGGAAUAGGAUUAUUCAGCUCUCAGUUUCUUACAACAGCCUCCAUAGCUUUGAGUUUCUGGUACGGAGGGAGACUAAUACAUGAAAAUGUGAUAACAUCACAGCACAUGUUUCAAGCAUUCUUUGUCCUAAUGAGCACGGGUAAGAACAUAGCUGAUGCAGGUAGCAUGACUUCUGAUUUAGCAAAGGGUGCGGAUGCAGUAAGAUCAGUGUUUGCCAUCCUAGAUAGGAAACCUGAGAUUGACCCUGAUAAUCCUCAAGGAAUCAAACCUAAAAAGGAACUUGAGGGAAAUAUUGUGCUGAAAAAUAUCUUCUUUGCUUACCCAGCAAGGCCUGACCAGAUGAUCUUCAAGGGUUUGAGUCUCAAAAUAGAAGCUGCAACGACCGUGGCACUGGUUGGGGAAAGUGGGUCUGGCAAAUCCACUAUUAUUUCGCUGAUUGAGAGGUUCUACGAUCCACUGAACGGAUCAGUAGAGAUAGACAAGAAAGACAUCAAGCUCUACAACUUGAGAGCCUUAAGAUCACAUAUCGCCUUGGUUAGUCAGGAACCUACUUUAUUUGCAGGAACCAUCCGUGAGAACAUAGUUUACGGGAAACUCAAUGUUGCCGAAGCUGAACUAAGACAGGCAGCACGUCUUGCCAAUGCUCAUGAUUUCAUAAGUUCCAUGGAAAACGGAUACAACACUUUCUGCGGAGAGAGAGGGGUUCAGCUGUCGGGAGGUCAAAAGCAAAGAAUAGCACUGGCUCGUGCAAUUUUGAAGAAUCCAGCCAUUCUAUUGUUGGAUGAGGCAACUAGCGCACUCGAUAGUGUAUCAGAAAACUUGGUUCAACAAGCACUGGAGAAAAUGAUGAUUGGUAGAACCUGUGUAGUUGUGGCACACAGACUAUCCACGAUACAGAAAGCAGACACCAUAGCAGUUAUAAAAAACGGGAAAGUUGCUGAACAAGGAUCACAUUCCAGAUUACUUGAAAUCGGACAUGGGGGAUCAUACUACUCUCUAAUAAAAUUACAAGGUAGUAACUCUCCUUACAGGUAA